AUGGCUCAGACGGAAAAGGAGACUCUAAACGGCCCUUCCAUCGAUGCGAUGCUGCGAGGUCUGACCGAGAGGCCAAACGUACAGUCGACAUUAAUCCUUUCUCGAAAAGAUGGUUCUAUCAUAAGAGUUACAGGCAUUGCCUCCCCUGGGGAGAGAAGAUCUUCAGCUGCCGCAACAGCAUACCAAUGGCCGCAUGCCGAAGGGUCUAAAGCGGUCGCAGACCGUUCGGACAAUGGCCCCCCCCCUGCUACCGAUGAAUCAGAAGAGCCUUCAGAUAUCCAGCACAUUGAGAAACCCGUGGAACGGUUGGCUUCGUCCAUAUUUCAAUUUGUGAACAAUGCCAACGCUAUGAGUGCGACGCUCGGUGUAGCGUCCCGAAAUGUGGCCCGUCCAGACGGGACGUACACCGGGGCCGCUUAUGGCGAGUCCAAGGCUGCUCAGAAGAAAGAGCGAAACUCCGAGGAAGAUGCAGAAAAUGGUAUUGCUGAGGAUGAAGUCCAAUUGCUAAGGCUGCGCACAAAACACCAAGAGAUCAUCAUUUUCCCAGAUCCCAACUACAUCUGCUGUGUUGUCCAAAGGAUGGGCAAAACUACAACCGGCCAUGACAGAAGAUAG